AUGGCCGAUCCAAAUAAACCCAGAGGUCGCCCCCCCAAAACAGGGAACAAAGGCCUGUUCACAAAAGACAUACGACUCUUGAUGUACGGGUUUGGGGAUGAACCAAAUCCAGCCCCGGAUUCGAUAAACGUAAUGGAAGAGUUGGUCGUCGACUACAUAACCGAAAUGUGUCACAAAGCUACGGACAUAGCCAAAGAACGAAAGGUCAAUGUCGAAGACUUUAAGUUUAUACUAAGAAACGAUCCGAAAAAACUGGCUCGUGUUGAAGAAUUAUUGCACAUGGAACAGGAAAUCAAGAGGGCAAGGCAAAACUUUGAUGUGAAAGAAAUUGACGAGCAGGCCGCCAGAAGGUUAGAAGCACACGAAAAUCAGUAG